ACAUCCGUACACAAUAUAAAAACAAAUUGCUUGGAACACAAAGUAAGGAUUUUGUAAAUUAUUUGUUAAGAAAAGUUAAUAAUAAUUUCCAAAAAAUAAUUUACAACUUUCAAAACCUUCGUAAAAUUCACAAUCAUUGUGAAUUAUUGCGUUCUUUGCUUUAGCGUUUAAUUUUUUUUCAUUGCCGCAUUUUUCGCUUUUACCUGUUUGACAAAUCGGGUGUCACUUUUUACUUUCAAUGCAGCCAACUUAACGUCAAUAAUUUCUUUUCGUUCGGUGUGCGUACGUUUGAUGACUUAAGGCGGUCAAAACUUUCAGGAAAAGUGCAAAUUUUGUGUUUAAAUUAUGGCUAAAAAGAAAAGUGAGGAGUACGGAGCCGAUGGCAAUGAUGGAGACUAUGAAGAGGAGCCAAAUUUCGAUGAUCCAGAGGGCUAUGUUGACGACAUUCCCGAUGAGGAGCUGUUGGCCAACAUGUUGGCACAGCGCCCUUUAGAGACGGAUGGUGUUGAAAGCGUUGUUGUUGUGGACAACAUUCCAAAAGUAGAACCAUCCCGAUUGGAGAAAUUGAAAUCUGUUAUUCAGAAAUUGUUUUCACAUUGCGGUGAAAUCGUAAAUGUCGUCUUCCCGGUUGACGAGGAGGGUAAAACAAAGGGUUAUGCAUUUAUGGAAUACAAAAACGGAAGUAUGGCUGACGAGGCCGUUAAAACACUGAACAAUCAUCGCCUUGAUAAGAAUCAUACCUUCUCCGUUAAUUUGUUUACCGAUUUUCAGAAGUAUGAAAAUAUACCAGAAAAGUGGGAUCCACCAACACAACAACCCUUCAAAGUUCAGAACGAUUUAUACAAUUUCAUCAAUGAUCCGGAUGCUUAUGACCAAUACAGCGUAGCUGCUGAAACCGCACCUAACUCCGUACAAGUAUCGUUUUGGCAAAACACUCUACCUGAGCCCAAUGAAUUGGAGUCUCGUGAACGUUUCACAGAUACUUUUGUGAAAUGGUCGCCACUCGGUACAUAUGUGGUAACAUUCCACAAACCCGGUGUAGCCAUUUGGGGUGGUAGCAGCUUCCAAAAGAUUCAGAAAUUCCCGCAUUCAAACACACAGUUCGUAGAGUUUUCACCUUGUGAAAACUAUCUAGUUACCUACGGUCCAACAGCUACCGGCCAGAAGGUUAUUAUUUGGGAUAUUCGUACCGGCGUUGAAAAGCGUUCGUUUGUUGCUGAUGGCAUGUCCGUCUUAUCGAUGUUCCGCUGGUCGCAUGAUGAUAAAUACGUUGCACGUAUGGGCGAUAAUUCAAUUCACAUCUACGAAACACCCUCUUUUUACCUGCUCGACCUUAAGUCAAUUAAGAUACCUGGCAUACGCGGCUUCUCGUGGUCUCCGACUGACAAUGUAAUUGCUUACUGGGUAGAAGAACAAAAUCAAAUUCCUGCGCGUGUGACACUUAUGGAGAUUCCAAAGAAACGCGAAAUCCGUAACAAAAAUCUUUUCCACGUAGCCGACUGCAAAUUGCACUGGCAGAAAUCAGGUGACUACCUGUGCGUCAAAGUAGAUCGCUACUCGAAAUUGAAGAAGGAUAAGAAGGAGUUGGAUGUCAAAUUUCUCGGUAUGUUCUACAAUUUCGAAAUAUUCCACAUGCGCGAAAAGGAAGUCCCUGUAGAUUCCGUGGAAAUUCGAGAAUUAAUUCUUGCCUUCGCAUGGGAGCCUGUCGGCAAUAAGUUCUCUAUUAUACACGGUGAACAAAGCAAUGCGAAUGUAAGUUUCUACGAGAUGAACAAAGGUGUGAAACCUACACUUGUAAAGAAAUUGGAGAAGAAGUCGUGCACGCACUUGUUCUGGUCGCCACGCGGCCAAUUCAUUGUUAUGGCAAAUCUUUCUAUGGGCACUUUUGAAUUUGUUGACACAAACAAUGACUUCAUUAUCACUGCAUCGCCCGAUCAUUUCCGCGCAUCCGAAGUUGAAUGGGACCCAACCGGCCGUUAUGUUGUGACUGGUGUUUCAGCGUGGAAGGUAAAAGAAGAUACGGGUUUCAACAUGUAUACCUUCCAAGGACGUAUCAUAAGACGUACGAUUUUGAAAAAUUUCGUGCAAUUUUUAUGGCGUCCACGUCCGCCCACAUUGUUGCCGGAAGCACAACAGAAGGAAAUCAAGAAGAAUUUGAAGAAAUACUAUCCAACAUUCGAGCAGAAGGAUCGCUUACGUUUGACACGUGCAUCCAAAGAAUUGCUCGAGAAACGCUCACAAUUGCGUGAACAAUUCAUGGAGUACCGCAACAAGCGCAUUGCCGAAUGGAAGGAGCAAAAGAGCCGACGCCUACAGCUCAGAAAUCAUUUUGAUACUGAUAAUUUGGAUACAGAAGAAGUUGAUGAGAAAAUCGUUGAAUUUUUAGUCAAGGAAGAAGUAACUGUGCUCGAGUAGUCGAACAACAAUUGUACAGUUUUCCAUUAAAGCGUACGCCUUUGCUGACAGUGCGCGCACAAAGGCGUAGCUAUCAAUUUAUAACAACAACAACAAAAUACGACAAAAACUACUUUUACGUAUACAUAAAUAUAAACAUUGUAUUUAAGCUAAAAAUUAUAAAAUACAAUAUUUAUUCAAGAAAAUUGAUUGAUCAAACAAAAACAGGAGCAAAACAAGCCAACAAGAAGUUCACCAAAAAAGAGCCGAAAACACUAUAUGCUCUUGUAUUUUUUUUUUUUUUUUGUACUAUUUUUACUUAGAUUUCUUUCAAACGCAUUUGGCAUACCAACUCGAAACGUUUCACGCGUAACUGACGCAUAUGCAACUGUGUCUUUAUUAUUUUUAAAUAAAAUAUUCAAUACUAGACUCGUUCAAAAUUAAAA